GGAGGAGCCGGGGCCGGGCGGGAGGAGCCAGAGCCGGGCGCAGGCGCUGCUCCGGCAUCCGCUGCUCGGCCGGGCCUGGCGGCUGUCCCCUGGCUCUGUGCCCCAUGGAUGGCGUUUUCCUGUCGCCCAGCGAGGAUGAGUUCGUGGGCAGGAUCGUGGAGGAGCUGGAGCACUUCAUGGAGCAGGGCCAGCACCACCGGGUGCUGCUCUUCCCACCCCUGUCCAGCCGCCUCAGGUACCUGAUCCACAGGACCGUGGAGAACAUGGAGCUGCUGAGCAGCUUCUCGGUGGGAGAGGGCUGGAGGAGGAGGACAGUCAUUUGUCACUCUGCUGUCAGGCUUCCCAGCGAGCCCUCCAGUGACCACAAGCCGGGUCCCGGCGCUGCCCGUGCGCAGCGCCCGGCGCAGCCCUGGGGCCGGGGGGCGCGGGGGGCCCGGGGGCUGCGCCACGCCGGGGACACCACGCACGGGGACAGCGCCCGCGCCACCGUGGGCUCGGGCAGGAUCUCCAGACCGCCCCGGAGGAAAGCAGAGCGAGCCCCGUUCGUGCCCCGCGGGGGCCGGAGAAAGGCGAAUUGGAGGGAGCGGGAGAGCCCCGGGGAUGAGGCGGCUGCAGGAGGGGAAAACGGCGGCAGGAAUCCCAGCCGGGAGCGGCAGGACCUGGGCGGGGCUGGGAAGGAAGAGCAUGUCCCUGGGAGAGGCAGCGCUGAGCAUCCCCUGCGUGGUGAGGAGGUGCCGUCCUUGGGAAAUGGCGGCGAUUCCUGCGAGCGGGAAGGUCGGGGUGAGGACUGUUCCCAUUCCCCAAAUUCUGCACACCACCAACACCCACCUGAGGCAGAGCAGGAAGAACCAAGCCAUGGCAGCACCAUUGUUCCAGAGCACAGCAAACACCCACCUGAGGGAGGAGAGGAAGAAUCAAUCCAUGGCAGCACCAUUGUUCCAGAGCACAGCAAACACUCACCUGAGGCAGAGGAGGAACCAAGCCAUGGCAGCACCACCAUUCCAGAGCACAGCAAACACCCACCUGAGGGAGGAGAGGAAGAACCAAGCCAUGGCAGCACCACCAUUCCAGAGCACAGCAAACACUCACCUGAGGCAGAGGAGGAACCAAGCCAUGGCAGCACCACCAUUCCAGAGCACAACAAACAUCCACCUGAGGGAGGAGAGGAAGAACGAAGCCAUGGCAGCACCACCAUUCCAGAAGGCAGCGACUUCCAGGCCCAGCUGCAGGAGGAGAAGCAAUCCAGCCGGGAUUCCAGAGGGUUGGAGUGUGGGAGGAGCUGUGUCCCUUUGGAGAACCACGGUGGCAGCAGGACAGCCCCAGGUGUGACAGCCCCAGGUGUGACAGACACUGUGGUGGAUCAGCAUUCCCGGAAUUCCCAGGGAGUCCCGGCUGUUCCCAGCCCCAGCGCUGGGCAGGUGGAGCAGGAGCCCCUGCAGAAGGUUCUGGAAGGUCCAGCCGAGGCUGUGGCUGCCCCUGAGCCGCUCCAUGAGGGAGAUCCAGGGCGGAUCCAGGGGAAGGAGGAAGAGGAGGACAAGGAAGGCUCCGGUGUGGCCGAGGCAAUGAGGAGGGGCCUGGAUUUGGCUGCAGGGGACAGAGAGGGGACGAGGCAGAGCGGCCUCGAGGACGACUGCAUGGCAGAGCUCCUGGCUGAGAUCGUUGGGAACCUGUCAGUGAAGGACAUCAGCAUCGAGAGGAUCUCUGUGGAUUACUCUGGCUACGGGGAGGCGCAGGUCAGCGAGGGGGACCUGGCCCACGUCACCGAGAUCUACGACUUCCCCUCGUCCCUGAAAACCGAGGAUCUGCUGGGAAUGUUCUCGGAUUUCCAUGAAAGUGGCUUCAAAAUCCAGUGGGUGGAUGACACCCAUGCCCUGGGAAUCUUCUCCAGCCCCUCCACAGCCUCGCAGGCCCUGGGCCGCCGCUACCCCUGCCUGAAGAUCCGGCCGCUGCUCCACGCCAGCAAACAGGCCAAGGUCAAGGCCCUGCAGAGACCGAAGCUGCUUCAGCUGGGGAAGGAGAGGCCCCAGACGGACACGGCCGUGGCCAGGAGGCUCCUGUCCCACGCCCUGGGCUGGAGGCAGCGGCAGCAGGAGGAGCCCUCAGGGAAUGAGGAUUUCCAGCCAGAACCCCUGGAUCAGGAGGAAUAAACCCCCCCCAAAAAAAAAACAAAAAUCAACCCCUGUUGAGGCUGUAAAGAUGAGCAUGGCCGUGCUAUUAAAUGCAUGCAGAGCAGGGGGGGUGUUUCCUUUAGUGGGGUUUUUAUUUUUUGUUUUUUGGAGCCCUGGGAAGUGCUGGAAUUCUGUGUUGGGGGUUUAAAGAGCAUCCGGGGAAGGUGCAGGAGUGAGGUGGUUUCUUUAUUCCUCAUCCCUGCUCUGUUUUCCAACAAAAAAUUAGCAUUAAGAGUCAGAAAAUUGGGAUUUUUUUGGGGGCCAAAGUUCAACUCCAAGCAAGGGCAGGAGUUGGAAAAUCUGUUCCGAGUUUGUUGUGAUGUUGCUGUUGGGAUAUCCCAGAACACUGACGGGCAGUGAAUCCAAGUUUUAGGGGAUUUUUUUUUUUUUCCUUAUUUACAGAGUUUCAAGAGGCUGAAACUUCCCUGUUGGUGAGGAAAGUUGGGAUCUGCUCAUCAGGGAGAAAAAAAACCUCCAGGAUUUGCCUGUGCUGGGUUUAAAAUGAGCUUCCACCCCCAUCCCAGGCUCUGCUCCUGCUCCAGGCUGGAAUUCUGGGGGAAAACUGGAAUUUUCCCAUUGCCAGGAGGUUAAAACCUGCUGGAGCACUGGAGAAAUGACAAAUACUCAAAAUAUUCCUGCAUUUUUAAGCCUCACAACGCCCCUGUGAGGUUUUGGGGGAAGUUUGGAAUUCCCUGUGGAAUCAGCUGGAAUUGAUGUAGGAGAGGGGAGAAAACCCCCCAAAAAUUCCAUGAAUUGUGAGGAGAAAAUACACCAAGGGCUUCUGAAGUGAUAUUUCCUUUUUCCAGGGAAAAGGUGUUUUUUUUUUUUGGAGCUCUGUAGCAAAGUGUGUCCUCAGACAAACAGAGGAGAGGCAGAAAUUCCCUCUGCAAGGUGAAGAAAAGAUGGAAUAUCCAGUCAGGAGGUGAUUCCUGGAUGGACACAGCACCUGUGGGAUGGGAAUUCCCAGCCCAGGGGCCUCACUCGUCCCUGGGAAUCUGCUGAGUGCUGGGUCGCUUCAGGGAGCUUUUGUUCCCUGGGAGAUUCCGUAUGAAAUUGAAAUUCCAUGUGAAAUUCCAUGUGAAAUUCUCUGUGAAAUUGAAAUUCCCUGCAAAAUUCCGUAUGAAAUUGAAAUUCCAUGUGAAAUUCCAUAUGAAAUUCCCUGUGAAAUUGAAAUUCCCUGUGAAAUUCCUUAUGAAAUUGAAAUUCCAUGUGAAAUUCCAUGUGGGAUUCUUGGUGAAAUUGAAAUUCCCCUGUGAGAUUCUGUAUGAAAUUGAAAUUCCAUGUGAAAUCCCAUAUGAAAUUCUCUGUGAAAUUGAAAUUCCCUGCGAAAUUCCUUAUGAAAUUGAAAUUCCAUCUGAAAUUCCCUGUGACAUUGAAAUUCCCAGUGAGACUCCUUAUGAAGUUGAAAUUCCCUGUGGAAUUCCGUAUGAAAUUCCAUAUGAAAUUCCAUGUGAAAUUGAAAUUCCCCAUGAAAUUCCCUGUGAAAUUCCAUGUGAAAUUGAAAUUCCCUGUGAAAUUAAAAUUCCACGUGAAAUUCCAUAUGAAAUUCCCUGUGAAAUUUAAGUUCCCUGUGAGAUUUCUUAUGAAAUUGAAAUUCCCUGUGAAAUUCCAUAUGAAAUUCCCUGUGAAACUGAAAUUCCCUGUGAGAUUCCUUAUGAAGUUGAAAUUCCCCGUGAAAUUCCAUAUGAAAUUCCAUGUGAAAUUGAAAUUCCAUAUGAAAUUGAAAUUCCCUGCGAAAUUAAAAUUCCACGUGAAAUUCCAUAUUCAAUUCCCUGUGAAAUUGAAGUUCCCAGUGAGAUUCUUUAUGGAAUUGAAAUUCCCUGUGAAAUUCCAUAUGAAAUUCCUGUGAGAUUUCUUAUGAAAUUGAAAUUCUGUAUGAAAUUGAAAUUCCCUGUGAAAUUCUAUAUGAAAUUCCCUGUGAAAUUGAAAUUCCCCGUGCAAUUGAAAUUCCCUGUGAAAUUCCAUAUGAAAUUCCCUGUGAAACUGAAGUUCCCUGUGAGAUUUCUUAUGAAAUUGAAAUCCCCUGUGAAAUUCCCUGUGAAAUUCCAUAUGAAAUUCCCUGUGAAAUUGAAGUUCCCUGUGAGAUUUCUUAUGAAAUUGAAAUUCCGUAUGAAAUUGAAAUUCCCUGUGAAAUUCCAUAUGAAAUUCCCUGUGAAACUGAAGUUCCCUGUGAGAUUUCUUAUGAAAUUGAAAUCCCCUGUGAAAUUGAAAUCCCCUGUGAAAUUCCAGGUUCUGCGUUUGCUCCCUCCCCUCCGGAGCGCGGCCGUUGUUGGAUCCAAGCGUUUUCACUGCAGUAUUAAAUUCAGCUUUUCACUGU